AUGGAUUCAUUUGCAGAAAUUCAAUUCAACCCAAAAGAAGAAGAUAUUCCUAAUGAAUUGAUUGUCUCGGCCGGUUGUCCCCGUCGCCGCCUCAAUCCUCACUGGUCACAGUCUCGGUCGAUUUCAUUAUGUGUUCACCGAUCAAGUCUCGUCGCCGGUCAUCUAGAUCAACUCCUCUACUCCAUCCGGUCAUCCCCGUCGCCGCCUCAGUCCUCACCGAUCACAGCCUUGCAGCUCGCGGUAUCCUCUUCAGUCUGUAAUCGAGAUCAAAUCAGCUUGAAUAUGUCAACAACGAAUGACUAUAUUGAAGUAGAAGAUGAGACGAUUGAAGUUGACAACCUAACCAAUGAUCAAGUUCCACAAGAAAAAGAGAAAAAAACUAAAGAAUUCAACCCAAGAUCGAAAGUUUGGAAAGAAUUUGAAAGGUAUAAGGGCGAAAAUGGUGUUAUAAAAUGCAAAUGUAUGCAUUGUGGUGGCGGGAAUUACAAGUGUGAAUCGGGUGUUUAUGGGACCAAAAAUCUAGGAUAUCAUUUAACUAAAUGUAAAUCUUACUUUGAUAAAGUUAAUGGUGGACAAAAACAACUAGUUUUCCAACAUGGUGAAGAAAACAAAUUGUCAGCUUGA